AAAUGCUAUUGUCAAGAUAAGAUUUUUCUGUUUUAAGUGUGCAUUAUAAAACAAAUGGUAAACAACCACAAUCCGACAAAAGCUGUUUUAUUACUGUAAACAAAACGUGUAGGCUACUGGCAAAGUAAUUACAUUCGCGUCCUUCUACGUAUUAUUGGAUAGUGUGUAAUAGCUGAAGUUUUUGAUGAAUUUCUUCAAUUAUGUUUGUGAGAUGCUUGAGUCAUGUCUAGCAGUAAGGAGCAGGCCUCCAUCAGUCAGGUGAUGUGUUUCCUCCACGAGUGGGAUCAGGGCAGUAAGACGGUGCGCAGUCGAAUGCUAAGUGACUUUCUGGCCAAGAACACUGGAAAGACGUGUCCUGAACUGGAGCUGGAGUUCGCACAAGUUGCCAGCCUGUUCCUUGCUCGGCUCACUGCCUGGAUAAGACUAACUUAUAUGUUUGGUACAUGUCUAGACCUUCAGCUGAGAGCAGUGGGGGUUUUCCUGUCUGCUAACAGCAGUCAUCAGUACAUGAUUGAGUUUCUGGAGGUGGGUGGAGUGCUUACCCUGCUUGAGAUUCUCGGACAAGACAAACUCAAGGAAGGGAAUAAAGCAGAGGCUCUUCACCUGCUCCAGAUCAUCGCCAACGCAGGCCAAAAAUAUAAAGAGCUAAUCUGUGAAAGCUAUGGUGUGAAGGCCGUAGCUGAAUGUUUGGCCAAAUCUGAGACAGAGGGGACUCAGGAGAACGCAGCCGCCCUGCUAGAAUCUUUGGCACAUGGAAACCCCAAAUACCAGAAUCAGGUGUACAAGGGCCUGAUCGCCCUGCUGACCUGCACCUCGCCAAGAGCACAGCAGCUUGUUUUACAGAUCCUACGUAUAAUUCAGCCCAUUGUAAAAACAGCCCAUCACAGCAUAGUGGAACCCUUAUUAAAUAUUCUGAGGUCCCUACAUUUAGAAGUGCAAUAUGAAGCAAUAGAACUGAUAACGGAGCUUAUGCAAUCAGAGGUUAGACUGGCUCUGCUCAGGGGUCUGGUGGCUUUUCUCAAACCAACUAAACAAAGAAAUCCCAAACACAACAUCCUGGAGGAUCCAGAGGUGGCCAGAAUGACCGAUUCACUCCCUGUGUUUCUCCAGCAAGCAGCUACUGCUAAAACCAUCAGGAUUCUGGCACAGAAAAGUGAAGAGAUAUCCAAAGAGCUGCUCUCUCUCAGAGUGAUCCACAACUUACUGUUUGCAAUGGGGAACCAGGAACAUGCAGAUUCCCAGAGACAAGCCAGCCUGGCUUUGGAGCAUUUUGUGCGCAUGUAUCCAGUGGUGGAAGAGCAUGUACACAGAGCAAUGGGCACCAGACUCUUUGAGUCUUUUAUGCACAAUGCUGAUGUCCCACAUUUGAACAUGGAUGACAUUCAAGCUGACAUUUUAUGCUCAAAUAAAGUGAACAUUUCAUGUGUGCUUGAGGAUCUGAAUUCAGAUUCUUGAACACAGCUUGAAACAGCCUUUUCUUGUUGUUGGUGUUUUUAUCCAUAAAAUAAGGGAUUACAAAUAAGAGUCUUCUAUAGCAUAUUUCUUUGGUUCAAUUAAAUAUGGGUGCACUAGAAAACUCAAGCAUUACAUUAUAAAAUAGUAAUAUUUUAAUGAUAUUGUAAUGACUUUAAAAUAGAUAAGAUAGAUUGUCAUGUAAGCGUCAUAACAAAUUAUGCUAA